AUGGCGGCGGCAGCCCAUCGGGCCGGGUCAGCUGACCGGCUUGUUUGCGCCCGGGCCGUCACGUGUGCCCGUCGGCUUGCGCGGGGCGGGCUCGGGGCGGGGCCGGGGGCGGGGCGAAGCCCCUCCCUCCACGAGCGCCCGUCGGGGCCGCGCACGACGCCCGGGGCCGCCCCACCACUCCACCAGCGCCCGGCCGCCGCGACCCAGGAAGGCGCCGGGCAGGCGACAGCCCCGGGGCGGCUCCAGCGGGCUGGCUUCCCGGCCGCGUGCCGGACCGAGGCCCCUCCGCCCUGCAGGGCCCUGCCCCGCGCCCUCCCGGUAACCCGCGCCGCCCCAGGCCUCCUGCCGUCCCUCUCCUUGCCUGGCAGUCGCCCACACGGCACUCCGGAAGCUCCAGCCACCCAGACGGGCCUUAGCCUCCCUCUCCAAGGGUCCACAACCCCCACCACCACCCCCAGCAUCGUUCCCACGUCUCAGCAGAGGAGCAGCCCUGGGCCUGGCCCUGCCCUAGCGGCCCUGGGCCCUCCUUCCUCUGAGGCUCCCACGGCCCCCUCAGAGGACUCCGGGCAGCGGGUCUCCCAGCUGAGGCCCUCCACCCACCUGGGAGGGCUGGUAGGGAGUCCCUUGCUCAGGCAGUGCUCAGCGAGCUGGGGCCACACUGACCCACUGCCCUCCAGGAGCCGGCCACCCACUCCUUCAUGCCCAGUUUGCUGUCCGCAGCUGAGACCCAGUGUCCGAGGAGAGGGCGGGGUGGGGCCCACGGGGCCCAUCCCUCCAGCCCAGGCCCAGAGGAAAGGGUUUGCACAGGUGUCAGGGGCCACGUCAAGAAGGAAAGUAAACGGGGAGUGUGCUAGAAGUCAGGGCUCCUGGGACAGGCCUCCCUGGAAGGUGACAUUGGAGCAGGACAUGAACAAAAAGGAGCUUUUGUGGGGAGGCACACCCAGGGCCCUUCUCAAGAGGUCCUACCUGCUGCCUGGGCACACAGCAGGCAGGACUGGAGUCCCAUCUUCCCUGAAACCACCAAAUAAAUGAGGACCCUGACUCCAGGCAAAUCCCCCACUGUCAGCCCGAAGGCCACAGACCAGUGACCAUCACCAAACCUGGCCUGGACACCUGGCUGCUCCACAUAGUCCUGGCUUCAUCUGGGUGGUUCUAGACUAAAUCCAGGAGCAAAGCAAAUUUCCUUCCUUCAGAAUCUGACUCCAGGUCCUUGGGGUCUAAGUGGCUCUGGGUGCAGGCCCAGAGCAGGACCCCAGCAUGGGGUGCCCCCCCUCCCUCCCAGCAGGCUGGUAUCUCAGAGAGGUCAGUGGGGCUGCCCCUGGGCUGGACACCGGCAAGCACGGGAAGGUGGUUCCAGCUGGCGUCCCCCUGGUUCACUGUCCACAGUUGCAAUGCCCAGCAGUGGACAAGGCCAUGUGUGUCCCGUGAUGCUCAGGUGGUGGGUACGGAGACACACACCUCAGAGCGUCCUGCCUACAGCUUCUCCAGAGGCGUUGAUGAGGCUGAUUCCUGAUUCUCCACCUCCCUGGAAGCCAACGGAGGCUUGGGGUGCAAUGAAGCAGAAGAGGCGGCUCAUUGGGACCUGAGGCUGCCUCCCCAGGGAGGAGCUCAGGGCACCUUCCUCGUGGGCAGCGCUAUGAGCCAUGGCUGCAGGGCCUCCACCGCCCAACACCAGACAGAACUGUAUUCACGUCACAUGCAGGGGCUCCAGCCCAGGGCCCUGUGUUCCUGGAAACCCUGUGCCCUGCCAGAUGUAGGGCAAGGUCAGGAAGAGGGCAGUGGGCCCAGCAGGAACUGCAGGACCUGGAUACAUGCAAGUGCCCACUGGGGACAGCUCUGAAGGCAGGCCUGGUGGGGGCAGGGCACCCAGGUUAGCUCAGCUGGCAUGGGAGUCCUGGAGACCUCAGCCCAGCAAGGAGCCGGGGGCCUGGCUCCUGCAUCUCUGGCUCCUCAUGCGUGGGCGCCAGGGUCUAGAAACCGUUAGCCUAACCCUUGACUCUCCAGGAUGGAGAGAAGAGGCCCAGAUGGGGAGAGUCCUGCCUGGGUGAGUCAGGGGAUGGGAGGGGAUUAGAAGCCAUGUCCCCGCCACUCCCGUGCCUGUGCAUCUGUCCCUCUGGGACCCUGUGCAUCUGUUCACCCCCACAUAGCUGUCCUCCGCCCACCACAUGCCAGGCUGUGGGUGCUCUGAUCUUGGGAACAGCCAGGAUUCCUUCCCUUGUGGCAUCUACACACUGGACACGGCACACGGGGCCUUGAAAGGAGGCCUGGCCCUCUCAGCUGGACAGAGGCUCUGCAAGGUCCUUCCGAAGCGCCCCAGCCUAUCCGGCCUGCUGCCCAGCCUGAUACCCGCAGCUUCUCCUGCACUGGCCGCUGUGUCCCUGCCGGGCCCUGCUGUGCCCGGCCUUCUGCCUGCUGAGACCAUGGCAGGGGUGUCCAGGAUAGGCCGCCCGAGGGGCUUCCUCUCCCUGGAUGCAGAUGGCAUAUGGGAGCCCAGACGCAGCACGUUCCAUCCCAUGGGUGGGGCUGUGGCCUGAACAGCCCACUCCCCAGGCAGCACUGGUUGGGGUGGGACUCUGGCUGGGGACUCUGAGCAGAGAGCAAGGGAGGCCUGGGGGCGUGC